AUGAAUCAUUCAGAAGGGGCCCAAUCUCCACUUUAUUUUGGUAUGUAUCCACUACCCUAUUGGCCAACGAACUCACAAUUCCUCUUAAUGAUGAACUUCCAAAAUCCACUGAUGAGUCCAAUCCAUAAUUUAGGUUCUCCAAUUUUAACUUCCCACUUAAAUUUCACCUAGCCAACAAUGAAUUACGACAUCAAAUACGAACAAAGUAAUCUCUUUACCCUUAUUCUCUUUAGAUUCACAAAAUAAAGAAUCCACAUAAACUAAAUAGCCAUAAUAAUAUACCAGCUAAAUUUAAAUCAUUUCUUAGCAAUUAGAUGACAUGAAUUACGAUCAAAUUACAAUAGAAAAUCUUGAGGCCUUGAUUCAUUUGUUGUUUGAAGAAGAGCCCAAAUUAAAAAAGAUCUUAUAAUAACUUAAAGAGAAAAAAUGUCUUAAGGUUGUCAAGAUUCUUGACACUUUAGCCAAAAAGAUCAGAACCCAAUAGAAAAAUCGAGAAGAAUUAAUCAAAUUUUGUUUGAGAAAGGCUUUCAGAGAGAUUUUCCAUCAAAUUUAAGAAAAAUGUACUAAAAAAAGUAAUCAAAUCUUUAAAUAUGUAUAGAACUUAAUCUAAAGGCUGCAUCCAAAAUAUUUUAGUAGUCCUAUUAAGCUGAAAAGAUGAAAUCCAUAGCAUUGCCAUUUAGAAAAAAUAGUAAAAAUAAGACAAUGAAUAAUCAUUUCCUCCAUGAAUUAUUCUAAUCAAAGCAAUUUCAGGAUCAAUAUAAAAUAUUCCUUGGUAUCUAAAUCCUUUCAUAUUUUAUAGACAAUCUAGACACCAUCAUAGAGAAUGACAAAAAUAAAAAAAUUAAAGCAAUAGCUGAAAAAUCAUGGGAAUUCAUCUAAUCGAAUAGAAAAGUAAAAAAUUGAUAUUAAUUCUUAAAAGUCAUACACAUUCAAAAGGUUGCCAUGGUCAUUAAAAAACUUGGAAAAAUUGAAAGAAACAGCAAAUGAAAUGCUAAAUUACUGUGAUGAUUAAAAAUUUAUUUGA